AUUUUCAAUCAUUGUCACCAUUUCAAGGUUUAGAAAAAAUAAAGAAAAUACAUGAUUAUGGAUUGAAGAAUAAUGAUGCUUUUAAUAAUAAAUUUUAAAACAUAUAUGUAUAUAUAUGUGAGAAUAAUAAGAAAUAAGUGAAUGGAACAGAGAAGAAAGGCUUAAAUUUAUUAUGAUAUGUUUCUUAUAAUUGUUUGAUAAAUAAUAAUAUGUUUAAACCAAAAAGUUAGAAAGAUCAAUAAUAACAGCCAUUUUAUUUGAGUUGGUUUGCAAAUCAGGGUGAAAACCUAAAGCGGGGAGGAACUGCACCACAUUAAUCUCGUAAGGAAAAAAUGCCAUUAAAAAGUCCAUAUUAACAACCUUUGAUUACUGUUGUACAUAAUGUUCCAAACCCAUACUUGAAAACUAUAUCACAGCCAAAAAGUUAAUAAAAUAAUAUCCAGCAGAUUUCUAAAAUUUACGCAGGUCAGUUUUAAAGCACUGUUAAAAGAAGAAGUCUUGAAAAGCGUUAUGAUGAUGGGCCAAAGAGUGGAAGAGGAUCAUUUAAACCUUCUAGGACAUUCACAUAACAAAUUUCAAGGCCCUUUCGAUUUUCUGAGUAGUAAUAGAGUAGACCAUAAACUCAAUAAAUCAAUACUUUGGAACCUAAGUUAAAUUGUGAAAAUUUGCAAGUUGACAAUUCAGAUUCUGAACAAUACACUCCUAGAGAAUAGGAGUGUAUUGAAAUAGUAGAUAUGGACAAUAAUGAUGAUUACUCAAAUAAAUCAAAUGAAGCUGAUAGUGAUGACAAUUAAAACCUCCAAUUGCCUACUUAAAACUAAGAAGAGAAGGAAAUUCAAAAGAAUGUCUCUUACGUACAUAAAUAAACUGAAGAACCAAUUGCAAGCAUGAGAAAAGCAACUGUUGGUCUAAAUAGACCCUAAACAUCUGAAGGUGUAAGAAGGAAAAGAUUCAUGAAUUCAGAUAAAAAUGACUCAAAACAUGCCUUUGAAACAAAGCAAUCAGAUUUUGGGCUCUUAGAUUACGAACCCCAUGUUAUCUAAGAGGAAUGCUUAGAGAAUUAAGAAAUAAUUCCAAUUAACUUGAAUUAACUGAAUUCUCCUAAAGAAUAGCUCUCCAUACGUUCUGGAUAAAGAAAAAAGUAGACAGAGUAAGUUUAGAUUGAUAAUUUUGAUAAGAAUGAAAGACCUCCUUCAAGACACAAAACACCUCCAAAGGCAACUGGAUUAGAACUGCCCAUUCAAUCUGGCAAUUAGAACUUCGAUAGGGAUGGCAUAGAAAUCCCUAUCAAGAAUAUGUAUGCUCAAAUUGAUGAAAUAUCCAACUAGAAUAAUAAUGUGGCAAUUAUUAAGGAUAAUGAUGAAUUUGAUGAUUUCGAUUUAGGGUUCUUUAAAAUGAAUAAUCAAGUUAAUUUAAACAAGUUUCAUUAAAGAGAUGGAUAUCGAACUGAUGAUGGAAAAAAACAAGCUUCAGGAUAAAAGCAUCCUUAAUCUGCUAAUUUAAAGUAUAAUGGACUGGGAUUCUAAAAUAUCUCGUACUCUCCUAUAAACAAUCAGAUUACUUCUGCUCAUGGAUUCAGAGCCAACGAAGAAUAAAUAGUUAUCAAGUAUAAUUCUAGAUCAGCCUUAAAUAAGAACUAGAGCAAUUAACCAGUCAAAGUACCCUUUCAAACUUCAUUGGGUUAAGAUUUCCUAAGAUUAUUUGCUAAUGAUUGA